AUGAAAACAGCAGUUAGAAAUUUUUCUCCCUGGUCAAAGAUCCAUCUCCCGUUGCCCCGUACUCCACGUCAGUCCGAGCAGCUCCUCACUUCCCUUACGUCCUCCUUCCGUCGUGAGUUGGAUCGCGAACAUCCGACCAGCGUCGACAACCAUGCCUCGAAUGGGCUGCCCUCCUCCGUGAAGGAGCAUUCCCAUUCUUCCGCUCAUGCUACCGAUCAACAUCUCCGCAAUAUUCUUGAGAACCCGCUCUUCAGUGUGACGCCUCCGAGAUCCGUUGCUUCGCCCCACGAUGAUCCGAGGCUGGCAAAAGAGCCAAUGGUAGUAUUCGACGAAUCAGUUGCAUCGGGAUCUGCUACUAUACACACGGUCGGCCUUUGUCUCAGCUGGCAGAUGCUCCUUGCCAGCCCGCACAAGGGGGAGGACUUUGUGAAGGCCUUGAAAGAUUCUCGAGCGGGCUCUCGAGUUGUCUCCUGGUGGCAUAUGUCCAAUUCGUCGGCAAAGAUGGCAUUAUUUCGAUACGUCAAGCCUGAAACACGAAAAGCCCCCUUAAUGGCAGAGUCUGGUAAAGUACUGGUAGACCUGACCAAGUUCAUGGUUGCUGAAGGUCUGCAUGAUACGAUAUUGGAUUGGCUUCGGAUGCUGCAACAUUCCAACAUUGGAGAUCAACGCGUGGACCAUGCUUUUGCCAUCUCAGCCUUCAAUAGACUGCUAGGUAGCUUCUUGAAAGCAGAGAUAUUAUGCGGUGGUGGAAUCGAAUCUGCUUUGCAUUAUUACAUCACAGCAUCCGAGAGCGACACAACAUUGGACAGGAAACAGUUGCUGACCGGCCCCGGAAUGUUUCUCUGCACCUCUACUUUACGCGAAACCGCAAAAGACAUGAUAUCACCACAAUUAUAUGAACGAUACGCGUCCAUUAUGUUGAGCGUGCUGCUGCCCGAGACAUUCAACAGGGCUGUCGUGCUUCUCUGCCAUCCAACACAGCCUAAUGCCAAACCGCUUGUUAAAUACAUGCGAAAUGCACCUUUCGAAUACCACGGUCAUCAGGGUACAGCACAACGCGAGAAACACAUAAGGGCGUGUUUCCGUGCUCUGACUGUUUUGGAUGAGAACAAGAACAAGAAAGAUUGUCUAUUUUUGGCGGGCUUCUUGCGACAGUUGUUGGAGGAAGAUCAGGGAUUGGGCGCGACAAUCAAGCCUCGCUACCAUAUGUCAUCUGAAGAAAAGGACCUUCUCUCUAGUUUGGACCUGGCUUUCACAUGA